AUGGAUUUCCCUCGGCGAGGUGGGGGCAAAAAGCUUAUUCUCACCAUCUUCUCGCUCUCACUCCUCGUUGUCUUGUUAAUUCGCCAACGCCAUGCAUCGCAAGAAUUUCUUUUUCAAGGGGACCUAUUUGAGUCGCUGCAGGUCAUCGACGAUUGCCCAACAAACAACGGCAACAUCAACUCCACGCAAUUAGCAUCACAACAUGGCAGUAACAAUAACAUCCCAAACACAAUCCACCAAGUCUGGAAAACCAAAAACGUCGAGACAUACGUAACCGAAUUCGGACCCUCCCACGAGUCCUGGAAGGGCAUGUUCGAACCGUUCGGGUACACCGUCAAGCUCUGGACCGAUGACGACGUUCUCCAACUCAUCACCACCACCUACCCCUGGCUACUAUCCACCUACCUCGCCUACUCCUACGACAUCCAGCGCGCCGACCUCGCCCGGCUAGCCAUCAUCCACGCCGAGGGCGGCAUCUAUGCCGAUCUCGACGUCUACCCGCGCAACGUCACCGACACCGAAUGUGUCCAGCGCCUCGGCCUGCAGGCCGUUUUCGCCCCGACUCAGACAGCCCACAUCGGACUGAGCAACCACUUCUUCAUGGCCGUGCAGGGGUCACCUUUUCUGCUGUGGGCGCUGCAAGAGGCCAAACGUCGCGCGGUAUCCCCAUCGAUGCGGGUGCUGCUGCCGUAUUUGCGCGUGCUGUGGACGUCGGGGCCGUUGAUGGUUACGGGCGCGGCGAGGCAGUAUGUGUGGGUGAAUGAUGCCGGGACCAGGUUGGAUGUUGGGGUACUGGAUGAGGAGAAGUACCGGAGGAGGGUGCUGGGACAUGCCACGGGGAGGUCGUGGCAUGGGCCGGACGGGGUGUUUCUUAAUCUUGUGGCGGAUCAUCCUGUCAAGGCUGUGCUUGUUGGGGUUGGGGCGCUGGUGGUGGCGUUGGGGGUGGUGUUUCAUGUUAGGAGACGUUUUCAUUUGCGAAGGCGGCAUCAGUUGGCACUCGGAAAGUAG